CUGCCCGAGGUCCGGCUGGUGGUCCUGGGCUGGAGGUGGCCGGGGAAGAGCCUGACGGGAAACACCAUCAUGGGCCGCGAGGAGUUCCACCUGGAGCGGGCGGCCGAGUUCUGCGUGAAGCGGGAGACGGAGGUGGAGGGCCGGCAGGUGGUGGUGGUGGACACCCCGGGGUGGUUCUCCGCCCAGGACACCCCCCCCUCCUAUAAAAAGGAGCUGGUCAGGGGGGCCUCCCUGUGCCCGCCCGGGCCCCACGCCUUCCUGCUGGUCAUCCCCGUGGGCAUGUUCACGGAGGUGGACCGCGCCCGCAUCGAGGAGCACGUGAGUCUGUUCGGGGAGGCCGUGUGGAGGCACACCAUGGUGGUGUUCACCUGGGCGGAGGUGCUGAGGACCAUCUCCAUCGAGAGGUACAUACGGAGGGAGGGCAAAGACCUGAAGUGGGUCCUGGAGAAGUGCAAGAGGAGGUACUUUGUCAUCAAUAACUCCGUAUUCGGCGAGGACCCCCAGGUGGGACGCCUGAUGGAGAGGGUGGACAAGAUGGUGGCCGAGGAGGGUCACUACGACCCCGAGGAGGCCGCCGUUGCCGCGGCGAUCGUCCGGCUGCCGGAGGUCCGGCUGGUGGUCCUGGGCUGGAGGUGGCCGGGGAAGAGCCUGACGGGAAACACCAUCAUGGGCCGCGAGGAGUUCCACCUGGAGCGGGCGGCCGAGUUCUGCGUGAAGCGGGAGACGGAGGUGGAGGGCCGGCAGGUGGUGGUGGAGCUGGUCAGGGGGGCCUCCCUGUGCCCGCCCGGGCCCCACGCCUUCCUGCUGGUCAUCCCCGUGGGCAUGUUCACGGAGGUGGACCGCGCCCGCAUCGAGGAGCACGUGAGUCUGUUCGGGGAGGCCGUGUGGAGGCACACCAUGGUGGUGUUCACCUGGGCGGAGGUGCUGAGGACCAUCUCCAUCGAGAGGUACAUACGGAGGGAGGGGAAAGACCUGAAGUGGGUCCUGGAGAAGUGCAAGAGGAGGUACUUUGUCAUCAAUAACUCCGUAUUCGGAGAGGACCCCCAGGUGGGACGCCUGAUGGAGAGGGUGGACAAGAUGGUGGCCGAGGAGGGUCACUACGACCCCGAGAUUGAGGAGCCGCUGACAGACUGACCGGUGGCUGCUUAAAAGAGGAGACGGGAAAUGGUCAAAAACUGAAACGUGGCUGAAUGUAGGAUGUGACGGGAUGGUAUUUAUUAUGAAUCGAACACGUUACUGCUGUUUAUUAUCGGUGAUGCACAUGUUGUGUGAGGGGUGCGUUUCUGUUUUUACUGUAACUACAAACAAGCCCCAGCUGAGACUUUCAGGGGGCUGUUUUUAUUUUUCACCCUUUCACUCUUUUGUCUGAAAAAACAAAACUUAGAUGAACUGCACUAUUAAGUUAUCUCUAGGAUUUUUUAAAAACUGUUUCCUCCUGUUGUGACCAAACUGUAAAUGCUUUUCUUACCCUGCACUGGAUCUGACGUGUGUACAGGUUCUGUUUUUCUGUUGUUUUUUUUCCUUAAACUGAUCUUUUAAAGUGUGUUGAUUUGUGGCUGAGAGGUAGAAAUGAUCUCUGGUGGACUUUUAUCCAGUAAAAUACUAUCAUAUGCAAGAUUCACACUUCUUAAAAAGUUGUUUUUCUUCGUGUUAUCAUUGUGUUUGAAGACGUUAGAGACUGAAAUGAUUCAUCUAAAUCCGACUGACGCUUCAGUUUCUGAUUAAUCAAAGAUGGAGGCUGUAUGAAACUUUUGGCCAUAAACAAGUACCAAAAAAAACAAACAAAAGACGUCAUAAUGUUCACGUUUAGAACUGUUCAGGUAUUCUGAAUCCGGGGGAACCAGGACUUUUCU